AUGUCUUUGAAUGGGCUAGAUACCGCCGCUGUCGUUGAAGCCUACCAGAGUGCUCUGGCAGACGCCGGUGGGUGGUUUCUGCUGCAUUAUGUGGCCAGAGAUGAAGUCGCCCUGCUCGAGCGAGGAACUGGCGGGGUGCCCGAGAUCCGGAAUGCCAUUGACGGUUAUGAGGAAUCCUCGCCGCUCUACGGCUUCCUCCAGUAUCGGCGCAGAAAAGUGAUCAUUCGCUAUAUGCCGGAGGGGUUAUCUCGCCUGAUACAAGCUCGAAGCAAUGUCCAAUUCACCUCCGUCACCGACAAGUUUACCCCGAACGACACCGUGCUCCCUUUGUCUAAAGCCUCCGAUCUCACCGAAAGCGCCCUGUCGUCCGCAUGUCUCCUUCACACCGCUUCAACCUCUAUCACUUCCUCGUCGAGCUCCCUCCGUCGGCGCCGGCUGAUGGAAAUCACAGAGGAUGCAGAGGAAAAUGGCACCAGGGAUGAGGCCCCAAGCUCGGUGCAACAUUCCCAAAAACCUCCCCAUCUUGCGAACCAUCAACGAUCAGAGAGCAUCCAAUCCGAAGCCACCAUAGUGCCGCCCCCUGAAGAAACCCCACCGGAACUAAAAACGAUGUCGCCAGAUAGCGAUAGGGCUGUUAUUGAACCCAUGCCCCCGCCAUCGCGGGCAAGCUCGAGAGCUCCGUCUCGUAGAAGUCCCAGUGAACCUCGCGGAAGCCCGAGCGCAUCAUCCUCGGCAGCACAGUCCCCCAAGUCAAGCGACCUCGAACGCUCCAGCUCCCGGUACCGAAAUAUCCUCGAUGAAUUCCCCCGUCCGUCAGAGGAGGCACGUAUGUCUACUCAAUCCGCGCGUCCCUCACUCCGAGAUUUGGAACGCGCCGCUGGAUUCACUCCAAAGGUCAAACUGGGACCGAGGCCGUCUGUCGAUAGCAGUGGAAGACCCCGCACAGCGGGCAGCACUAGAAACGCAGACCAGAGGCCUGUCGCGUCCCUGCCUACCAAUAUGCGCUCUUCUUCCGUGCGGAAGCCGAACCCCGAUGCCCCUCGUCCUCGAUCUCAGGGAAGCACCUUCGCCGUCAAGCCUACUAGCCGUGUACCACCAGUUCCACCUCUGCUUGUCCCGCCUCCAUCGAUUCCUAUCUCCAGGCCUCAGUUAUCUCCGGGUGCUAAGUCUCUAGGGGCUUUGUCUACUUCUUCGGGAUUGAGUCCCGAGAAAGAGCGGUUGAUGAAGGCUCUACAGCAGAGGAAGAAGAAUAUGGCGAAGCGGGCCGAAGAGACGAAGAAGAAGAAGCAAGUUUCUGAGGGAAAGAAGCCUGAGAAGGAGGUUCAGGAACUGGAGGACAAUAAGGAGAAUCUUGCUGAGGCUCCUCAACUCGAAUUUGAACGGCCUGGGACCGAAACGGUUCAGCAAGAUCAACCAGAUACUCCGGUGGGAGCAGCUCCUUUGGCUCCCGAGCCUGUACCUGAACCUGUUCCUGUAUCGAUGCUCGAGUCUACCCCUGAGCCGACUGUUGAGCCCCCUGCUGAGCCAGUUGAGGCUACCCCCGAGCCUGUACCUGAACCUGUUCCUGAAUCGAUGCUCGAGUCUACCCCUGAGCCGACUGUUGAGCCCCCUGCUGAGCCAGUUGAGGCUACCCCCGAACCUGUUCUAGAAGCUGUGGAACCUACUCCCGAAGCAGCCGUGGAGGCUAUUUCUGAGUCUAUUUCACAGGACCAGCCUGCCGUAAUAUCCGAAGUAGUGCAGACUUCCGAGCCUCUCGAGUCUUCUCAGCCAGAACCGACGGCUGAUGUUCCUGUGGCAGAGCCCGAGGUUGGCCCAGCCUCGCCUAUGUCGCCUACCCUUGAUACUACAGUCUCUGGACGCGUUGAUACACCUGUUGAGACUGUUCAGGCCGAAACAUCGCAGGCACCCCCUGAAGCUGAAACGCGCCUUGAGGACUCCGCAAUCCCUGAUCUUGCCCCACCUAGCAAUGUCGACGUCCCACUUCAAAAUGAAUCCUCCGAGGCCCCAGAAUCGGCAUCAGACCCCCAAUCGCAUUUCCAAUUUUCUAUUCCACCCGUGACAGAUUCACUGGACACACCUGAGCCUGCUCCAGUUGAAUCCGAUCCCAUUCCUGCCACUCCCUCUAUCACCCCUCCUGAAAGCGCCAACAACGAGCUUCCGGUCGCGCCCAUUUCUGUCUCUGUCGAGCCUAGCCCGGUAGACGAAGUCGCCCCUGAGUAUUCACCUGCUCAAAAGGCUGAGCCUCUUCCCUUGGACCAGAGGCGGCGGGUCCACUUGGAGCCUAUUCAAGUACCCACCCCGGAGUACUCUGACGACGACAACCUCCUUUCUGACGAUUCCUUCAUGGAGGAGCUGACAUCAGCCACUGUUCAGGAGGCAAGACCGAUUUCUGUCAAGUCCCCUAACGGUGGUGACCAUGGCUGGCGAAGCUCUCGUGCUGUCUCGAGCCCGUACUCUGCCGCAUCCCCGUCAGCCAUGCACGCGCUGGCAGUAGGAAGAUCGGUCUCUAGCUCUUACAGUGAGAAUGGCCCCCCUACGCCGGUACUCAUGGCCAAGAAGAUCAAUGUCUCCUCUGGCAUUUCUAGUCGUAUUAAGGCUCUAGAGAGGCUCUCGAGUCGGGAAGGCACUCCUAUGGGCUCGAGUCCGACCGUGUCUGGACCGUCGGCCGCCUCAUCUUUUGAGAACCUUCGCAAGCGCACGUCUAUCUCACUGCCCAGCGGAAACGAAACCACUCCGCCACGCCACGACCCUCGUCGGAUGUCUGUGGAUGCCAUGCGCCGUGCAAACUCAGUCUCCGUGACGGCCCGCAUUGUGCGCGAUUCAGAUAUCUCCCCCGGCUCCUCUGGAGGUGAACCCUCGGAGUCUGACGUUCUCGGCCUCCACGCCAGUCCAUUGACUGUUGAGCACGAGAUGGCUGAUGAGCCUCCGUCAUCCCAGGCGUCAAUCGCCGAAGCCUCCCGUCCUGAGGACCGAAGCAUGUCAAUGUCAUCUACCGGGUCUGGUCGUCCAUCGUCAUCUCGCCCUGGAAGCCGACUCUCUCUGUCAUCUCGUCCAAGGACUAGUGAACCUGCCCAAUCUGCAUCCCCUACCUCCGAAGACAAGAAGGCAUCCCGCGCCUCGCGCCUCAUGCGCCGUAUGUCAUCCAUCACAUCGACUUCCCGUCGUAGCAUCAUUGGUGCCCUAAGCUCACCAGUCAAAGAAGAAGAGUACACUCCCACAUUUGGAAACAGCUCCAGCGAGGCCCCGACAUCCACGACAUCUCGUACUUCCGAGCCUAUCGAUAUCGGCGAAGUCAAUGUCCAGUUCCCAGACACAUUACUCUGGAAGCGACGAGUCAUGCGCAUCGACGAAAAUGGUUUCGUCGUUCUCACUCCCGGCACCAACGACGCCGCCACCCGUAACAUGACCAAACGCUACCAUCUCACUGAGUUCCGGAAACCUUGUCUACCCGAGGAAGAUAUGCAGGAACUGCCCAACAGCAUAUUGCUCGACUUCCUGGACGGAAAUACGCUCCAAUGUGCCUGCGAAUCGCGCCAGGGACAAGCGUCUACUCUGCAGACUCUCAUUGACGCCCACAGCGCCCAUCAGCAAUAA